AUGGCAACAACAAGAAACUCCAAACAAGACGGCGGGCGACGGAGCCUCGCCGGCACCGCCGCACUCGUCACCGGCGGCAGCAAAGGGAUCGGGCUGGCCAUCGUGGAGGAGCUAGCGAGCUUCGGCGCGACGGUGCACACGUGCGCCCGGAACGAGGCUGGCCUGAGAAGACGCCUGGAGGAGUGGAGCGCCAGGAAGCUCGCCGUCUCCGUCUCCGUCUCCGUCUGCGACGUGUCGGUGCGCGCCGACCGGGAGGCGCUCGCCGGCAGGGUGCGCGCCAUGUUCGACGGCAAGCUCGACAUCCUCGUCAACAAUGCUGGCAUGUUCUUCCUGAAACCGGCGGUGGAGGUGACCGGCGAGGAACUGGCCUGCGUGAUGGCGAGUAAUCUGGAGUCAUGCUUUCACCUAAGCCAGCUGAUGCAUCCUCUUCUCAAGUCCUCCGGGAAGGCCAGCAUCGUCAACAUUUCCGGCAUAUCAUCCAUCACCGGAUUCCCAACUCUCCCCGUCUUUGUCUUCUCCGCUGCAAAAGGUGCAAUGAAUCAAACUACCAAGAGCCUAGCUGUUGAAUGGGCGAGCGAUGGGAUACGAGUGAACUGCAUCGCGCCCGGCAUCAUCGAUACGCCCCUUAUUGACACUGUACUGAGUGGAACGGACUUCGUUCGAGAGGACAUGGCGCGCACACCGAUGCGGCGCGUAGGCAAGCCGGAGGAGGUUUCGUCACUAGUGGCAUUCCUCUGUAUGCCAACGGCAUCUUAUAUCACUGGCCAAAUUAUCUGUGUCCACGGUGGCCCGAUAAUAGGCUAUAAGUCAACUAUAAGCAUAUUUUAAAGAGAUAAGAUGGGAGAGAAAAAAAAGAUGGAUUACUAAUUUGUA